UUCUCGGAAGUUCUUUUCAGCGUCCGAGAGUAUCGUGUUGUAAGGUGUAAGGUAUCUUGUUCUUUCUGAGCGUAGCGACGAGAUCAAUUCGGCAGCUUCCUGUCCGAUAGCAAACAAAGUACAACUAUUAACAUACUAGUACGCGUGCCGUACAACAAACCACCGCUAGGACGUAUUCACGAUUGAUUGUUGAUUUACUAUGCAGCCGACGGAAGAAAGCCACCAGGAAAACAUCCUCGAGAUCUCCGCCGUUGAGGUCGAGUACAGCAAUGCCAGCAACCAAAAGGGGACCAUCACGCCGUCCAAUUCUUCGGACGAGGACGAGGACGGAAACACAAAACCGAAGAACGACUACAAGGACUACGAGCGCGAUCCCUUCUUCGCCUUUGUUCCACAGCUGGCCAGGUGGGGAUGCGGACUCCUCGCGAACGAGGGAAGAAUCGUCCAAAAGGGAGUCCUUUCCGCGCCGGGUUUUACCAAGGACUUUCUUGCCGAUACUUACCGUUACUAUCGCGAGAACCCCCGCAUUCUGUACAAGGAAAUCGUUUCGGGCUUUACCGUUGCCAUCAUGCAGGUUCCCGAAUCGAUUGCCUUUUCCUUCGUCGCCGGCGUUCCCCCCCUUAGCGGAUUGCAGGCGACCUGGUGGAUGGCCUUCAUCACCGGGAUUCUUGGCGGCAAGCCGGGCAUGAUCUCGGGUGCGGCGGGUGCCCUCGCGGUAGUGGUAACCAAGCUCACCGCCUCGGACGGCGUGCUGUCCUACCUGACCGUCGAGGAACGCCUGAACGUCCUGUACAUGACCAUGUUCGUUUGCGGGCUGUUUCAGAUCGGAUUUGCAGUCUUUCGGCUGGCCAAGCUCGUCCGCCUCAUCCCGGAAACGGGCAUGAUCGGAUUCAUGAACGGUGAGUGCUAUGACCGACUCUGUCCGGGGUCGCACCCCCUCGUGCGACCCUCUCGGGGGGCAGUGAUCCCGAGUGCCGUCGUUGUGUGUGGCUUUUGUAAUCGAAGUGUUUUUCUGCCGUUUCAUAGUGUCUUGUUCCACUCAAAUUCAAUCGUGUUUCUCUCAACCCAACGCAUCUCGGAAUGGACUACCAAUCGAUCAAUAUAUUAGGUCUCGCAAUCAUUAUUUUUAUGGCACAGCUACCGGCAUUCCAGUAUUGUACUAGCGAGCCUCUGUUUAUCGAAUGCGAGGUGGAUGAACGACAGUGGCUGACUUUUGGUGGACAGCCCGUCGAAUUGUCAUUGGUCUUGGUUCAUGUUGCCAUGUGCAUGGCGAUCAUGCACUUCUUUCCGAAGAUUCCAAAGAUUGGAAAAUUGAUUCCUGCCUCGCUUGUUGGAUUGCUAGUUGGAACAUUGAUCGAAUGGACUUUAUUUCGCAAGGUUAUUGGACAGGGGACCCGAACGGUAAGCUUUGGGGAUAUUAUAUGGAUCGAGGAAAUCUGCAAUCCUUUCUCGCCAAAAGAAAGACGUCGCUAACUCGUUGUUCUUUCCUUUUAUCCAGGUGGCAGAAACAGCACCUAUUGCUGGAGCGCCACCCAAGUUCGAUUGGCCCACUAUUCCUACCGACGGUCAAACUAUUCAAACCAUGCUACUUUUUGCCAUUCAGCUGGCCGCCAUUGGUGCGGUGGAAUCUGUUUUGACUCUUCAAGCCUGCAACGAAAUUACGGACACCGUCCCAAAAAUAAGCGACUCGAAUCAAGAAUGUUUUGCGCAGGGGCUCGCAAACCUGGUCUGUGGAUUGUUCCGAGGUAAGUUGGGAGCUUCGCGUGCGUGCAAAGAGAUUCACUGGCAGAUGGAUUUGCUCGAAUGUUGAGACACAACACCAAAUCUAACAUGCUGUUGUCACAUCUUAUUCAGCAAUGGGCGGAGAUGCCAUGAUUGGUCAAUCAACCAUCAAUAUUAUGAAUGGGGCACGCCAUCGUGUAAGCUCCACCAUGUCUGGGGUGUUCAUGUUGCUCUUCACGCUUGUCUUGAGUCCUUUCAUCAACCUUUUGCCCAUCGCUACGUUGACGGGAGUCUUAUUCAUUGUGGUCAUCUCGACCUUCCAGUGGAAAACAUUUGUCAUCCUGAGGUAUGGACGCUUAUCUGACAGCGUUGCUAUUCUGCUGGUAACGAUUGUUGCGGUCUUUACCAAUCUUGCGAUUGCCAUCGCGGCAGGAAUAAUCUUGUCGGCAUUGGUUCACGCCUGGGACAGUGGCGCCCACGUUGACGCAGACGUGGAACUAAAGGAUAUGAUCAUUAAUGGAAAACGAGUCAACGGUGUCAAGUAUGUCCACAUUCGCGGGGCAAUAUUUUUUUCUUCCACGCGCAAGUUUGUCAACAUGUUUCACAUUGGCGAAGAUCCCGACACGGUCAUUCUUGACUUGAAGGACGCCCUCGUUAUUGAUCACUCUGCAGUUGCCGCUAUUCAAGGCCUCACGCACCGCUACGGUCUUGCUGGAAAGCGUGUCAUUAUCUUGAAUAUUGGUGGAAAAUGCGUCGGUCGAAUGCGUCGAACUCACGGAGAUCAUGACAAAUUCCACGAACAAAUCUCGCACAAGGUACAGGAUAUCGAAUGCCAGAUGAAAGCGGACAAUGGUAGUGAAAGUAGCGAUUUUGAAUCUGAGACUGCCAGCAUCAAGAACAAGGUACGAGACCUACAAGAUCUAAAAAUGUUCCAAACCAAUUUGGAUGGCAUCGACAAGGAGAUCGAGAAGCUCGGUCGCGAAGAAAAUCGCUACAGUGUACAGUCGCUCGAGGAUAAGAAGUCUUCGUAAGCGAUACACCAUAGAGAGCUCGAACGAAGGAUUCAGUAUAAUAACGGCACUCAAGCUUCAAAUUUAAAGGAUUGAACAAACAUCUCCAUUUUUCAGCCAAGUUUCAUCUAGUCUCUGUCCAUAUACAACAUCAUUUCACAAACAAGUACAUAUAACGAAAGGCUUGCCUCUAAUCAUUAAUUUUAUCUGUCG